AUGUCAAACAGAUGUCCUCUGAACAGCAAAGAAGAUAAGCCAAACAGAUAUACUCUGAAUAGCAAAGAAGAUAAGCCAAACAGAUAUACUCUGAAUAGCAAAGAAGAUAAUCCAAACAGAUAUACUCUGAAUAGCAAAGAAGAUAAGCGAAACAGAUAUACUCUGAAUAGCAAAGAAGAUAAGCCAAACAGAUAUACUCUGAAUAGCAAAGAAGAUAAUCCAAACAGAUAUACUCUGAAUAGCAAAGAAGAUAAUCCAAACAGAUAUACUCUGAAUAGCAAAGAAGAUAAGCGAAACAGAUAUACUCUGAAUAUCAAAGAAGAUAAGCCAAACAGAUAUACUCUGAAUAGCCAAGAAGAUAAGCCAAACAGAUAUACUCUGAAUAUCAAAGAAGAUAAGCCAAUCAGAUAUCAUCAUAACAGUGAAAAAGAAAAACCAAUCAGAGUUCAUCCCUGA